AUGCCGUUCAAAAAGCGCUUGGCUGAUCUCUCGACGCUCGGGGGGCACCCGGGCACCGGGCACCUCCAGCUGCCCAUGCUGCAGCUCCCGGCCAAGAUGAGAUACAAUUUUCUCUGCUUGGUGGGCGAGUUUGUAGGCACUUUUCUGUUUCUCUUCUUUUCCUUUGCAGGGACACAGGUGGCCAAUACACCGAAAGCACCACCUGGCAGCCCACCGGAUACUUCUAGUUUGAUGUAUGUGGCGCUUUGUUUUGGAUUCUCUUUGACGGUCAAUGUUUGGGCAUUCUAUCGAGUCACAGGUGGUCUCUUCAAUCCAGCGGUGACUCUAGCUCUCUGCCUAACUGGUGGCAUGCCCCCUUCCCGAGGGUUGUGUGUAUUCCCUGCGCAACUGGUUGCCGGAAUUGCUGCGGCGGGCGUGGUGAGUUGUCUUUUCCCGGGCCCGCUGAACUGCGAGACCCGACUCGGUGGUGGCACAUCAAUUGCACAAGGACUCUUCAUCGAGAUGUUCUUGACGGCCCAGCUGGUGUUUGUCAUCAUCAUGUUGGCGGUGGUGAAGCACAAAUCCACCUAUCUAGCUCCAGUAGGAAUUGGUCUGGCUUUCUUUGUUGCAGAACUGACUGGCGUUCACUACACUGGAGGAUCCCUCAACCCUGCUCGCUCCCUGGGACCAGAUGUGAUCAACCGGUCGUUUCCGGGAUACCACUGGAUCUAUUGGGUCGGUCCUCUGCUCGGAUCCCUUCUUGCCUCUGCUUUCUAUCAUCUCCUCUGUAUUGCGCGCUGGGAGAGGAUCAACCCUGGUCAGGAUUAUAACGAGGAAGAGGUGGCUAGAAAGGAGUCAAUAAUUGGUUCGGAGCAUACUAUCACUGCGACCCCUCAAGCCCCAUUUUCCGGGAGAGAGAUUCCGUUUGAUGAGCAUGUUUAG